ACAACAUUUAGUCUUGUAAAGAAGAGGGUGUCUUAAUUAGCAUGAGAAGUCUUGGGGUGUUGAGGCAUAGGCCUCAGCAUGUGUAUGCUUUUGUUUUCUUGUUGGUUGCUACUCUUGUCAUUGCUGACAAACCUUAUGGUUAUGAACCACAACACUCUUAUGGUUCGAAAUGGCCACAACCGUUGAAACAUAAUUUUCCCAAGUCGCCUUAUGUUUACAAGUCUCCACCGCCGGUGAAGCACACAUGGCCGCAUCUACCUUAUCUUCAUAAAUCUCCUCCUCAUUCGUAUAUCUACAAGUCUCCACCACCUCCUUAUGUUUACAAGUCUCCACCACCACCAUCACAUUCACCCCCACUGUCAUAUGUGUAUAAGUCUCCACCGCCACCAGCACAUUCACCACCACCUUCGUACGUGUAUAAGUCUCCACCACCGCCAUCACCGUCACCACCACCUCCGUAUGUGUACAAGUCUCCGCCUCCUCCAUCGCCGUCCCCACCACCUCCGUAUGUGUACAAGUCUCCGCCUCCUCCAUCGCCAUCCCCACCACCUCCGUAUGUCUACAAGUCUCCGCCUCCUCCAUCGCCAUCCCCACCACCUCCGUAUGUGUACAGGUCUCCGCCUCCUCCAUCGCCAUCCCCACCACCUCCGUAUGUGUACAAGUCUCCACCUCCCCCGUCACCAUCACCGCCACCUCCAUAUGUGUACAAAUCACCACCUCCUCCAUCACCAUCCCCACCACCACUACCAUACAUUUACAAAUCUCCCCCUCCACCGUCACCUUCCCCACCACCUCCAUAUGUAUACAAGUUUCCACCCCCGCCAUCCCCAUCCCCACCGCCUCCAUACAUCUACAAGUCUCCCCCUCCACCAUCGCCAUCCCCGCCACCUCCUUAUGUCUACAAGUCUCCUCCCCCUCCAUCUCCAUCCCCACCACCUCCAUACAUUUACAAAUCUCCUCCCCCACCAUCGCCAUCACCUCCACCUCCUUAUGUCUACAAGUCUCCUCCCCCUCCAUCUCCAUCCCCACCACCUCCAUACAUUUACAAAUCUCCUCCCCCACCAUCGCCAUCACCUCCACCUCCUUAUGUCUACAAGUCUCCUCCCCCUCCAUCUCCAUCCCCACCACCUCCGUACAUUUACAAAUCUCCUCCCCCACCAUCGCCAUCACCACCGCCUCCAUACAUCUACAGGUCUCCUCCCCCACCAUCGCCAUGCCCACCACCUCCAUACAUCUACAUGUCUCCCCCUCCACCUUCACCAUCCCCACCACCUCCCUAUAUCUACAAAUCUCCUCCUCCACCAUCGCCAUCCCCGCCACCUACUCACAUAUACAAAUCACCACAUCCAUCAUCAAAGUCUCCCCCUCCUCCGGCUUACUAUUAUAAGUCUCCACCACCACCAAGACAUUAUUAAAUCACGCACAUCUUCAAUCAGGCAUAAUCAGACAAUGUUAACUGAUUACAUCAUUAUAAAGUCACCUUCUUAAACUAUUUAUUUCAUUUCAUCAUUCUUGAUCAAGUGUUGUGAGUUAAUAAGGUCCAAACAUGCAUUGACCUUUGUUUAUCAUUAUUUUAUGAAACAAUUAUGUUAUUCUUUUUAUCAAUGAAAACACAUAUAUAUGGUUCA